AUGAUGAGGUCAUUUAAGAAGGUUCCUUCAAGCCCAGGGGGGGCAAGUAAAGGUGGUGGAGACGAACCCGGGAAGCUGCAGGAGCAGGAAGAAGAGGAAUCCCAGGUUUUGCACGGAACAGGCCACUGCAAAUGGUUCAACGUGCGAAUGGGAUUUGGAUUCAUCUCCAUGAUAAACCGAGAGGGAAGCCCCUUGGAUGUUCCGGUCGAUGUGUUUGUACACCAAAGCAAGCUAUAUAUGGAAGGAUUUAGAAGCCUAAAAGAAGGAGAACCAGUGGAAUUCACAUUUAAAAAAUCUUCCAAAGGCCUUGAAUCAAUACGGGUAACAGGCCCUGGAGGGAGCCCCUGUUUAGGAAGUGAGAGACGACCCAAAGGGAAGACACUGCAAAAAAGAAAACCAAAAGGAGAUAGAGAUAUAAUUUUUCCUCUGAGGACUGCUUUAGCUGUACCCCAAAAAUUUUGGCCAAGACACAGUUCUGAUGCACAAUUAGACUUGACUACAAUGGGCAGGAAUUACAGAUGCUACAACUGUGGUGGCCUUGAUCAUCAUGCUAAGGAAUGUAGUCUACCUCCUCAGCCAAAGAAGUGCCAUUACUGUCAGAGCAUCAUGCACAUGGUGGCUAAUUGCCCCCAUAAAACUGUUCCCCAGCAGCCCACUAGUUCUCAGGGAAGACAUGAAGCAGAACCACAGCCAUCCACUUCGACUUUCCCCCGAGAAGUGGGAGGAGCCUAUGGCUACUCAUCUCCAUCUUAUUCUCAGGAGGGCCGAUCCGAGAUCUCAGAACGGUCAGGCAGGUCACCUCAAGAAACUUCCUCGAGUAAGUUAUCCACCUCACCUGAAGAACAAAGCAGAAAGGGGCCUUCUGUUCAAAAAAGGAAAAAAACUUAA